UGGGCAGAAACAUGUUGUGUAUUCACCUGCUAACCAGAGGAAAAACUACGCGCCCCUUAACUGUGUAGAGCAUUACAAGCCAAUUCCAUGGCGUCCUCUGCUGCUGUGCCUGUAGGAUUUCACUAUGAAACAGAGUAUGUUGUUCUCAGCUACCUGGGGCUGUUGUCACAGGAGAAGCCACAAGAGCAACAUCCUCCCUCAGUUCAAGGGACCCAGUUGACAGUAGCACCACAAGCUUUGGAGAAAGAGAUGCUAGAGAAGAUUAAGACAGAAAUUGAGGAGAAGCUAAAACACCUUGAUGAAGAAAUUUUGGAAGCCUUCUCCAGCACAGGGUUUGACUGCCACACUUCCCCUGUAUUCAGUCCUGCCAAUCCAGAGAGCUCAAUUGAGGAUUGUCUGGCUCAUCUUGGAGAGAAAGUGUCCCAGGAAUUGAAGGAACCUCUACACAAAGCACUGCAGAGUCUGCUCAGCAAGCCAGUGACUUACCAGGAAUACCGAGAACGUACACAGGAGGUAGCUGCUCACGCCAGUGGAUGGAGCAAGGUCUUGGUGCCUCUGGUUCUGCUGCAGCAGUUCCUGAUGGAGUUGACAAAACGGGGCCAGGAGCCGCUCAGCACACUUGUGCACUUUGGAGUGACAUAUCUAGAAGAUUAUUCUGCAGACCAUGUAAUCCAACAAGGCGGAUGGGGUACUGUCUUUAGUUUGGAUUCUGAAGAGGAGGAAUACCCUGGGAUUGUAGCAGAGGACAGCAAUGACAUCUACAUCCUAACCAGUGACAACUCUGGUCAGGUGAGCCCCCCGGAGUCUCCCACAGUGACUACAUCUUGGCAGUCAGAGAGCCUGCCUGUCUCCUUGUCAGCUAGCCAGAGCUGGCACACAGAGAGCUUGCCAGUAUCCCUUGGACCUGAGUCCUGGCAGCAAGUAGCUAUGGAUCCUGAAGAAGUCAAGAGCUUGGACAGCAAUGGAGGUGGUGAAGAAAGGAGUGAGAAUAACUCUUCCAACUCUGACAUAGUACACGUGGAGAAGGAGGAGAUACCGGAGGGGAUUGAGGAGGCAGUGGUGUCGGCUGUGGAGACUGAGACUGUUCAGGAGGUCUUCCCAGAAACCCCUGUGUCUUUGCUGGAGGUAGAGCCUGAAGCUGUAAUUUCUGCUAGUGAAAAAGCAAGCCCAAUGGCACCUUUGCUUGCAAAACACAAGGAAGAGGGGAAAGUAGCUGAGGCACCUGUUGAACCUGAAAUCCCUGUGUUGAGUAAAUCUGCCCAGAAACCAGCGUUGUCAGAAGAAAAGGCUGCGCCAGAACCUGAGAAAAUACUGCCUCCAGGAGAGGAAACAAAAGUGGGAAAGGAGGGCCGCUUGGAAGAAAUGGAAGAGAAAUCUGCCGCUGCAGAGGAGAAACCCAUCCUGUUGCCAGAAGGCAAAUCUAUACUGCUGUAUGGAGGGGCUGCUGCAGUGGCCAUCCUGGCUGUGGCAGUGGGAGUAGCACUGGCGCUGAGGAGAAAGUAGCAGGGCUUCGAGAUGGAGGCGGGGAGUGAGCAGGAUCCAAUUUUUCUAAAGGUUGAGCUGCCUGCUGUUAAUUGAACAUUCAUGUAACUUAAAUGGUGAUGGGGUGAGGGUAUUCAAUGUGCCCAAGGCUAUGGACAAUCAUGUUUUUAGUGGAAUUGAGUGGGGACUGUUUUUUUCCCCCCCAGAAUUAAAGUACAGGUGUAUUUAAAAAAAAAAAAAAAAAUCUGUAAAUUUAAGAAUUGUAAGUGUGGGUGCUGAAGAAAGGGGGUGCUUGUGUACUGAAACUGGAAGAGAUAAUUCCCGGGGAAGAGAGCCAGCUGCUGCUAGCCCCUGGGAUUUUUAGUUUGUGACUGACCUGCUGUUGCAGUUACGCUGUCUUGUCACUUCCUUUCGCACCUCCCGAAAAACAAAACGAAAUGACACCUUAAUCCUGUAGCGUGAGGCUGGUCUCCCUUAUGUCUCAGCUUCCUCUCAGGUACUGCACUUCUCCUUAUAACCUCCCAGGUUCCUUCUAAACCCCAGUGGGAGAGUGCUUCUUCUAUACCUCUUUAUCACACUUAUUUAGCCCCAAAUACUUCCUGAAGCCCCAUCUUGUAUAGAUGCUGCCUCUCUAUCUGUAUUAUCUCUGAGCUCUGAUGUUGUCUGGAGAGAGGUGCAGAAGAGUCCCUCUGUGCUGCCAGCGGAGCAGUGGGGUAGGUGUGCUACAACUGUUUGUUGGUCUGAGAACACCUCUGCUUCCCCGGCCCACUUUAAUGAUAGUUCAUUUACCACAGACAUGGCUCUUGUGGGAGUCACUCUGCCAUUUUGACAGUGAUUUUGAUACUAGCGCUCAUUCAGCAGGUAGAGUAUAACAACCUUAUGUUUAUAAUUGCAUGAAGAAACCUGAGCAGGAGGUUGAGGCUUGCCAGCUGAUGCACUCGGUGAAGCUGAAAGGUUAAAUGGCUGCUUUGCCCUUACCUUGUUCCCUAGCUUACUGUUGUCUUUCACAGGGUAAGUACAGAGGAUGUGUUCAUAGCCUUCACUCAGCCUGGGUUGUGACAAACAGAGAGAAUCUCCGUUGUUCCAGGUGUAACUAAGGCAAACAGCAGUGAGCCUUUCUUUUCUGGCCUUGGCUCCUGGGCCUAGGGGGAGCCAGCACAGUGCAGUCUCUUUAUGCAGCUCGUGGACAACACAGAAAGAAUCAAUUAAUGUAGCCGAUGACAGGUAAAAAUAGUGACAGUGCAGUUACUUUGGAAUAAAAUAACCUAGCCCACUGGUCACAAACUUUGUUUGUGAACGGUGAAGUCUAUACUGCAGCUUUACAGAUGUAGUCUCAGAGUCCCCAGGAAAAUCUGCUGCCUUCUUUUGGAAAUUUAUCCUGGCUCUGUGGCUUAGACAGGUGAUGGGAAACAUGAGAAAGUAAAAACAAAGCCUCAUGCAAGCUAAAGGAUUUUUUUUAGAGCCUAAAAAAGAUGUUAUUUCUAACAGCCUUGAUUGCUGUCUUUGAUGCGAUACGCCUGUUUCUGUUUCUUACAAAUCAGUGGGCUGAGAAUGAAGAGAACAUCACGUAUUUCUUAUUUUUUUUCAAAUGAAAUUAAUUCAUGUCCCUUUUCCUUUCCUCCCCCUUAGGGCUCCUAAUGCUGGCAGUCCACAGGAACCCAGCAGAGUUCAGGGAUUUUGUGCUCUAAACUUGUGCUAGGGUGAUUUCUCUCGAGAGGGCUCCAGGGGUUGGAGGGAAGUUCUAGGUGAAGGAAACUUUUUAGAGGGAGAGAAUCUGGUGGGAGAGGGAUUGUACAGCUGGUACCAUUGCUGUGGAGGGGGCCUGCUUAGCUCAGGAAUUUUGCACUCUUUCUGCUGAUUAUUACGGUCUUUAAGCUGGACUGCUCUUACCCCAUGCACAAGUGGUGAUAAGCUGGCCUUAGAAAUCUUUUUGCUGUGUUGUAAAAUUAACCUAGUUCUUCCUUCCCUUAUCUGGCCAUGUCCUGGUGAGAUCCUCAUUGCUGUGUGUGCGCACAAUUGUCAUAGUAUGUUCUUCCCCGUCUUCUGUUUUUUGUGGUACACAUGCAGCAAAACGGCACUGUGGCUGUAUUCUUGCCAUAGUUGCCUCUUCUGCUUUUCCCUAUAGACCAGUCUGGUAAGAAAGGUUUCAGUAUUCCUUUUGUCACAGAUGUGAGAGUGGUUUUCAAUUUGUCUUCAUUUAACUGAUCUAAAAUUAAGAACAUUUUAAAAUGAUGACAGGAGAGUCAUCAUUUGGGGUAGUCUGUGCCCUAGCCAGAGUGGGGAUUUGCUGUUCAGUGUCUGGUUUGUCUUGUGUAUCAAGGGGUGCUUUACCUGUGGGGUAGGCUCCACUCCUCAGUAGUCUGCCAACACCAGGGGAGUAGAUCUGUUCUUACCUCUGAGCUGGUGACUCCUGCUCUCUCUGGGGAUGAUGUUCCUUGGGUGGGAGUACUCCCCUGUCCUUAUUCGUGCAGUGGGUCCUAUCACUGCAUGAAGGUUUGCUUCUGACCACGUUCCGAGUAUUUGUGUGCAAAUUAUGAAAUGUCCUUUUAUCCCAUCUGUUACUCAUCAGUCCAGUAAUAGGGGGACAGGACACAGGUUACUGAUGGGGGGACAAAAGGUAGAGAGUAUUUCCUUUCAGGCCAGAAAAAAAUCCUUAUCAUGGUGAUACUCCCCUUGAUGCAAAAGUCAGACAGGGCUGUGAAAGUGGAACAAAAUGUCUUCCAUCGCAGUCACACAGAUUACUCCUCCUUUUUGGUUUCAACUAUGAAGAUUGUUCUCCAUCUUAAUCUCUUAUUGGUAAAUGACAGUUGAAAAAGGGUAUGACUCCCUCUCCCCCAGUGCUUAUGCUCUAUAUUUAUUCAUUUAUAUUAGUAUGUUCUAGGAUCUCCCCAUCCACUAGAAAUGGCCUGUUACGUAUUUGGGUGUCCAAGGGCUCUACUGACUGCUACCUUUGAGGUCUGAUGCAGCUGUAGCCAGCACCAGCAUGGAACUGACCCAGAGAGAAGCAGGAAGUAGUGUUACUUGUCACCAUCUUGGAGGGCCACUUAUUUGUUGUAAGGUAGGUUGUGGUUUAGGAACCACACACAGUUCUGGACUGCAGGACUUACCGGUCUGUCCAAGUCGUGUGCUCACCAUCUCUUCCUGGUAUAGUUCUUAGAAUUGGUAGAGGGGAGACACUAGUUGCCUGAUUUCAUAUAAUGCUCUAUUAAAGUACCAUUAGUUUUGCUUGCACCUCCCCUUCCUCCUUUCCAAAAUUAAGUGCCUCAAAAUAUGUCCCAGAGUGGACUUUACCUUAACUAAACUUCUAUCUUGAACUCUUUUUUUCUUCUCUUUACCCUUGUCUGCUGCACAUCCUUAAGCUGUGAUAAAAUCACUAACCCCUUAGAGUCAGAGCCACAAGAAGGGCUUCCACUCCUGUGUUCAGCAUUGUGGGGCCUGACUUUGAGGGUGCCUCCAUGCCCCUAGCAGAUCUUCCCACUUAGUAGAAUCUGCAGCCCCAGGGCUCCCUGUCAGUGCCUGGGGAGAGUUGGAGGCUAAGGAAUGGGGUCUUCACCAGCUGGCAUGUAAAGCAGGGAGUCCUUUCAGCUGAUAAGCUGGAAAUGCACAAGGCAGGGUCUGGUUUACCCCUACAUCGGGCUGCAAGAAGGCACUUUCCUCUACUUUAAGCUUAAGUGCUGUGACCUCUCUCGAGGAGUCAGCACAUAAGCUAGCCUAUUUUCACAAAAUACAGGUGGAGGAAGAGGAGUAAGUGCCUCCCUUUUCUGUCCAUUAAACAAUCAUGGGAAAAUGCAUUAACAGUUCAGGGACCAGAACCUGGGGCAACCCCAGUGAGUGUCCUGGCCACUAGGGUAUAGGGAUUUGCUCCUUGCCUCCCGAGUUGUGAAGUACCCAGUUCUGGCAGUGAGUGUGCAAGAUGUGCUUUGAGAUCACCUACCAGAUUGGGCCUUUACAGCACUUGGAUCCAGAAAGCUGGCAUCCUGCCACCUCAGGAAAGGUUAGCUGUGACCUCAGUACCAAGCUACUCAGCCCUGAGCGGAGCUGUGGCAGUUCUGGGCUUGGCCUAAGCACCUGAGGAACUUUAAAGUCAAGUCAUGUGGAGUUUAGGUGCCUCAAGGGCUGGGCAGUGGCUGAGCUGGCAUUUCAGGGUUACAAUUUGGCCUUGGGGGUACAUCCAGUAGAGGAUUUAGGUGCCCAAGUGAUUUGGUUUUGGUGAUAGAGCCAGGAAUACAGAACCCAGUGCUUCUGACUUCUAAUGCAUGUUUGCUCACUGGAGCCAGCUACAAUUACAAGAAUUCAGGUACUUGCUCAAGCUGCCUCCAUCUGUUGAGUAGAAAACCCCCCAACAGAUGGCUAGAAAUUACUUUUGGAAGCGUUUAGUAUUGCAGAUAACAAUAGAUGCUUGCCAGGGCUGAGGUUUAACCAAUACAUAAACGGCAUUUUUUUGAGAACCAAGAAGACCAUCCUAGUAAAAGGAAUUCUCGCUUAAUUUGGUGAGGAAAAUAAGCAUCAACAUCUGCUGCAUCUACUUUGAAUGUGCAGAUAAGUUCACAUAGUGACUGCAAAUGUAGGGGAAUGGGAGUGAGAAGGGUGAGGAGGGCUACUGAGACAAACCUGGCAAGAGGCUGUUUUUUUCCAAGCCUCCGUCUAGAGAACAUCUCACUGUUAGAACAUCUGCUGUCUCUGCUUAGAGAAGGAACUUCACAAGUUAGCACAAUCCAGUUGCUCUUCUUUUCAAGCAUCUCCUUACAAACAGACAGGUAGUACUCUAUUACCCUUGAUAAAAAUGAGAGACUUAGUCUUAAAGGAAUGAAAUGCAAGGUUUAGCAUUUUUAUAAGUGAUAGUAGUAGAAAAAUGAUACCUUCCAAAUACUUAAAGUCUUCUCUACACUUAAGUUUUGCUAGUCUUGUUAUCACAACAGCAAAACCCUCUCAGGGUAGAUGUCACACUGUUCAAAGCACUUUUUUUGCCAAUGGAGUUUCAUCAGUGAACCCAGACAAGCCAAAACUUGAAAAGCAGGGUUUUGGCAUAAAUGCGUCUCCACCAGGGCUUUGUUAGCAUAGUGCUCCCCCACACUGUUAUGCUGCCAAAACAAGUGUAGACUUGGCCUUUAUUAUUCUUCCUUUUAAAUAUGAAACCUCAAAGGACACUCUACCUUGUCCCUCUGGAUUACAUCUAGCUGAAUGAUUCGGCUGUAUUCUGUCCUCUACACAUUCCCCUAUCCUGCAGGUCACAGAGGGGAGGAAUGUCAGUAUUGUUCACCUCCAGGAGGGUAAGGCUGAGAGCUGAGGCAGCGUGUAGACUCGGUGAGAUGCACUCUUGGCAAUGAGAGGCAACAUUGGCAUUGCUUUGAGCCUGGCUAUUUUGGUGCUGUGCUUCAGAGUGCAACUGAGAUUACCAGAAAAGGGCUAGCCUGUUUUAACUGAAGCACAAGCCAAUUUCUUCUGAUCCAAGUAGUUCCCAGAUCUCUCACAGGGCAGCUACUGAACAUAGCAUGUUGGAGCAGGUAACUAAAGCACUGUUGUAGUUGUAAGCGGUUGUUCUUGGUUUGCUGUCACAUCUGCUAAGGUUAAGAUAGAGACCUGUUGAUUAGUUAUAUAGCUGGGUAAUGAUAACUACAGCAGCUUGAUAUACGUCAUCUCCAAGAAAACUGAACGCUGGUUAUAUAGUUCCUGGCCACUUUUUCUUUCUAAAGGAUUGUAUGACUUUAACAUACCUUCUAUUUACAGUUAACCUGUUCUAGGUCUCUUAGGCAGGGUGACUUCCUCUCUCACCAACUCGCCUCACCCCAGCACAUCAAGAGGAGUUUCUGAUACAAAUUUUAACUACAGCUCCCAUUUCUUUUACAGUACAAAUUCAGGCUGCUAACUAUGAGGGAGCAAGGGUGAGGGACAGUGGCCGUAUGGACUGAGCAGGCUGGAAAGCUUGCAUCAUACUGCUGCUGCAUGUUAGGGGUUUCCUCCUGGUUUUCCAGCUUCACAGGAGUAAGCUCUCAUUCAAAUAAUGAAAGGCUAAACCUCUACCUGGACUACAAGACUGCCCCUUGAAUAACAAACCAAGAAGCAAAAUGCCAUGUCCAUGGAUUAAGAGCCUAUCUUCCUCUAUAUUUACAGAAAUAAGAUGGUAGUCACUUGACUUGCAGGAAUAUCAGGCUCUGGGGCUGGGCUGACUCGGUAUGAAAAGAUGUCCUGACAUCCAGCAGUUGCUGAUUACUCAAGGAACUGUUUUACAUUGAUUGUUCCUUUAAUAUGCAAGUGCAGCACACUAUGGGGGGAGGGGGAAGAACUGAAGCCUCUUGUGCCAUUUGGUUUAUAAAAGUGUUUCCAGAGCUAAAGGAGUUCUCUCCAGCUCCACUGGUUCUUAUUCAGCUUAAUUGAAGGGGGUAUGUACAUUUUCCUCCCCAUUGGGACACCAGUGUAAAACCAUGACCCCAGGUUGCACUUUAAUAAAUGGUACAGUUUUCC